GUUUCUCAAAAAUAGGAAAUGAAUAAAUUUCACGUAGUGCAAUUUGAAGAUGGGCUGCAAGUAGUGCCUGGAAUUUGGCUGCAAGAAGGAGAAUUAUGCUAUUGGCCAGAUACUGAAUCUCAGACAAAACUGAUGAAGGCCAUUUGCAAUGCAGAACCACCAUCACCUGAAUGGUUAUCUCUAAACAUUCUGAGAAUAUUUGGAGAAUCAGAUACCUACGAGAAUGCAGUUCACAAAUUAAAAUUGUGUGAACGGUUUUCUGAUGUUGAAAGUGGACCAGACAGCUUGAAUAAAAGGAAAAAAAGGCAAAUGAGAGCAAAAAGAGUUCCAGAGACAGAAGACUCUGAAACAGAAUUGGAGGAAGAAACUAGUCAGUCACUGCUGCCACCGUUGCCCAAAUGCCCGAACUCAUUCAGACCACAAUGUGCAUCAACACAAAAAGAGUGGAUCAGCACUAAGUUUAGAAGUAAUGAGCCUACUAUGAAACGAACUUCUGGGGUAAAUAAUUCUGUUGGUAGCGCUUCGCCCAUGGAGGUCACUGUACAGUGUAAAGAAGCUGGAGUGUCAACAGAAUUUGAGAAGUUGGUACUCAAAAAACUGAACAUAAUAACAUAUAAACUUGAGUCAUUGGAAGAAAAACUUAGAAAUCUGGAAAGCGCUAAACUGACUACAGUUUGUGAACAACCAUCAGAGCGGAUUCCAAGCAAUAUGUUUCCGCUAGCAUCAUUGACAGCUGUAGAAGAACUUGAGUUGCUGCUGCAAAACCCUUCUUAUUUUGAUUCAGUGGUAUUCUACUUGAAAACUCUAGGUGGAGUAAAUAUCACAGAUGUAACAUUUUCAGUAAUGAAAAAGAUUUUAUCUAAUGAAGUCGCUAUGGAAUACAGCUAUUUCGGUUUCAAAGGGAAGAAAACAUUUAAAAACCUAAAAUUAUCUGAAGUGGUUAUAAGUAACUGCGACGCUGCUGCGCGCAUCGACAUGAGCCGUGACGGAGCCGUGAGCAUAGACAUGUAA